AGAAGAGACAAGAGUAGAGAACGAAGAAUACGGACUUCUGCGGGGAAAUGGAGAAGCUGAAGUCUCUGCUUCCAGACGAGCUCAAGAGGAUGGUUUGGAACAGCACGGUGGAAAAUCUUCCGGCGGCGAGUUCUUCUCUUCUUGAGUUCCUCCUCAAUUUGCCGCAAUUUCACCAAAUGGUUAGAGAUUUGGCUGCUCCAGAGGACUCGCUGUGUGCGAAGAAUAAAGCCGCUGCUAUGGAAUUAAAGAAGAAGGGCAACCAAUGCUAUUCAAAUGGAGACUACGCUGCAGCGCUGCAUUGCUACUCUCAGGCGCUACGAGUUGCUCCGCAGGAAGCUGAUGACAGGGAUAGAAGUCUAGUUGCAGCAUUGUUUUUGAACAGAGCUUCAGUGUUCCAUAGACAAGGCCUACUAAAGGAGUGUCUACGAGACUGUAAUCGAGCACUUCAGAUUUCGCCUAGCUAUUCAAAGGCUUGGUAUAGGAGGGGCAAAGCAAAUGCUGCUUUGGGAAAUCGUCAGGAAGCAAUCCUAGACUUGGGGGUUGCGAAGGAUAUGGAGAUUUCGUUAGCUGGAAAGAGACAGAUAGAAUGUGAAUUAGACAUGAUUAUUAGCCAACGACAAUCUGCAAGCAGGAUAGUGGAUCAAUGUAGCCAGAUAAGUACGGGAGGAGCAGGUGCUGGUACUAGCAAUACAACUCUCAAAACUUAAUUCUGUUGUGUCUUAAGCUGCCAUCUUUGUUGGUGGAAAAUGAACUCUACUUUGGACAUUGUGUACCCAAUACACGGAGUUCAGUACUCUCUUUUUGCCUACCUCCAUAAUUAGUUCACAGCUCCAAGUAUCCGUCCAAAGUUUUAACUAGCGAAAAGGGUAGCCAACUUGCAAUUUUUGUAUCCAUCAUGCAUUUUGGAGGUGUAGAGUUGAAAUAAAACAAGCUGCAAAUUGUUUUUUACAGGCGAGCCUUGCCAAAGUAGCCUUUCAUGCGUAACAACACAUGAUAAAGGAAGAGGGAUGGCUGCACAAUGUGAUAUUCCUCAAUCAUCCUUGAUUCAUAAGGAAGAACCAUAUGCCCUGGUUAUACUGAAGAGUUCCCGGGAAAGUCAUUGCCAUUACUGCUUGGGUGAACUACCAUUGGAUACAGUCCCUUGCCUAUCAUGUUCAAUCCCCUUGUACUGCUCCGAACGUUGUCGAGCACAAGCAGGAGGAGGAAGUCUUGUUAGGCAUCAAGAGGAACAGAGAGAUAAGUCUUAUGGUGACAGUCUAGAAAAGCAUGUUAUGGAGUCCUUCCGCCGGAUGUUGUCUUGGCUGGCCGCAUACUAGCAAAGCAUCUUUCUCAAACUGGCAUUCUGAUGAACCCCGAAACUCUAAUUACUUUGGGGUUCUCUCACAACUAUUCACUUAUUGCUCAAGGUACCAAAUUGGAGGUGCACAUAUAUGCUAGUGUCUUGCUGUGCUGUCUACAGCAUGCUCUUGGCUUUGAACUUCCAGUGAAUGCUAUCUAUUUGUCCCAGACUGUCAUACUUCUAUCACAAAUCAGGGUGAAUGCUAUGGCAAUUAUUCAUAUGAAAUCUGUUGAUCCUCGUGGGCCUCAUGCUUUCACUAGUACGGUGGAACAGGUCACUGUGGGUCAAGCGAUUUACAAAACUGGCAGUAUGUUCAACCAUUCUUGCCAGCCCAAUAUCAAUGCGUAUUUCCUCUCACGAACUCUUUUUGUACGGACAACAGAGGUUGUUCAAACAGGGUUUCCUUUGGAGUUGUCUUAUGGCCCACAGGUUGGGCAAUGGGACUGUUGUGAUCGUCUUCAGAUUUUAGAAGACAAGUACUCAUUUCGAUGUCGGUGCAGUGGCUGCUCAGAAUUGAAUAUAGCUGAUCUAGUCCUGAAUGCUUUCCAUUGUGCCAAUCCUGAUUGCAUCGGUGUCUUGUUAGAUACCCCUGUGAUAAAAUAUGAAACGGGCAAGCUGACAAGCUCUCACAAGACAUCACGCUUGAAUGGUGGGUCAGAGGUCGAGAAGAUCAAUGUCAAGAGUUUAGUUUGUCUUAAUCUCAUGUCCAACAAUAGCUCUUGUCAUAUCAAACCUGCAUCCUGUUUGAACUGUGGUCAUUACUGCAAUCUUGAUGCUGCACGUGAAGCCGUGGACAAUGCUUUGAGUUGUAUGCAUAGUCUAGAGGAUGCAAUAGCAUCAAAAGAAAUCCCGAGUAUGGUACUAUCAGAUGCUUCAAGGUCCCUUGGUCUUCUGAGAUCAGUACUACAUCCUUAUAACAAACGCAUUGCAGAGGUAUGCUUCCUAACUUCUUAUAACAAAUAAGUCAUUGCAGAACCGAAGUGUUAUGGAGUUGCUCCCUUUGUGGUUGAGUGUAAAGUGGAAGAGUAACCUCAUUAACUCUUAGGUACAAACAAAGGGUGGGCGAGGGAGACAAAUAUCUAAUUAGGCAUUAGUAAUCGCCGAAACAUGGUGAGGGGGAAAAGAGUCUUUUAGAUGAAGGCAAGAAUUUUGUGGUGACAUUAGAUGCAUACCCCAGGACCAUUGGACAUGCCUACCUCUGUAUUAACUAUUAUACAUGUGAGGAACACUUGCAGGCUGAAGAUAAGCUCGCACAAGGGUUUUGUUGGACUGGAGACCUGCGAUCUUCUAAGGGUUUAUGUUCAUCAUCAAUCAAGAUACUGGAAGUGCUCUACGGCAAUGAUCAUAUAGUCAUCGGAUAUGAACUCAUCAAGCUCGCAACCAUUCAGCUAUCCUUGGACGACCCUGAAGUUGCCAAAACCAUAACCAGGCUUGAAAAGAUAUUUCUCCGUUAUUUCGGGGCUCAUGCAAACUUGGUUUUACCCUAUCUAGAAACCCUGAAGAAAGAAUCGCUACCCCUCCAUAGGCAGUUCAGUUCAGUUGAGAUUUAGUUGACAAAAUUUUCUCUCAUGUUAAACUCAGAGUAGUGGUAUUAGAAGCAUGCACAAUGUAUCAUCUUGCUUCUAAUGUGCUAGCAGGCUAAGUUUGUAAUUCUAGAUAUCAACAAUGUCGUACUUAUAUUAGGAAUUUUGGUUCUGAAUGGCAUUCAUCUUUGUAGCUUCA